AUGACUAAGAGCCAAGAUGAAGGUUCCCUACUAGUUGAUGACUCGCUAGUACUUGGACUGGGAGAACUAGCUCGUUACCGGAUAACCGUUGAUCAGGAUUGUAAAGAAUUGGCGAAUUUAGUGGAGAACUCGCAGCUUUACUUGACAUUUAAAAAUACAGAAAGCGCACUUUUGAGACCUAUCUACUUGACAGGACCGUAUUCGUUCUACGUGGAUUUACAACCGUACAACUACGAUGAGUCAAAACCUUUCGAUGAAGACGUGCAAUUUUGUGAUGAUGUCAAGCCCAAUGACAUUUUUAGGGCUGUACUCAAAAUUAAUGAAAACUCUCGUAUAGGCGAAACCAGCAAAUAUAGCUGGCACAUCAACAUUUCGUCACAGCUUUCAGUCACCAAGAUCCCAACUUUGGGGUUCAGAGUGUGCAUAAGUACCCAAAAGUUUCGCGAAAUGCCGCAUCUGCAAAUUUCGUCUGUCAAGGGCUUUUCGUGCGAGAAAUGGGACACCAAUCAGCUAUGGAAUUUACCCCCACGCUUCCCAGAUUUGCCCUUGCAUCUGGUAUUCCUCACUCAUGGUAUUUUCUCAAACGUCGGCUGCGAUAUGAUCUACUUAAAGGACAAAAUCGAGCAGAUCUCGAUGGGCUCGAGCCGAUCUUCAGUAUCUAAUGUAGUUGUAAGAGGAUUCAGGGGCAACCAGGGACGAUCUUCAAAGGGAAUCAAAGCAAACGGAAUAAGAAUGGGAAGGUUUGUCAUUGAAACCAUUGACGAAUUGCGGAGAGAUUUUAAGUUGAAGUACAUAUCGUUUGUGGGCCAUUCUCUGGGCGGUCCUACACAGUCCAUGGCGCUAAGGUACGUGUGUCUAGAACGACCCGAUAUUUUUGACCCUAAGGAGGGUCUAGAGCCAAUGCACUUCAUCACUUUGGCAAGCCCUUAUUUAGGCGUUGCCGGCGAAGUGCCACCUUUUGUCACAUUGGCUCUCGAUAUGGGCGUUCUGGGUCAGACCGGGGCAGAUUUGAACCUUAACAGAACCUUUUUCAUGUCGAAAACGGGACUAGUAAAGAGAGGCGAUAAUCUCGGCAAGUAUAAGUACAGGCCUUUGCUGGAAAUCAUACCUUCUGAUCCCGUCAUUUCUUUAAUUCAAAGAUUCAAAAAUCGAACGACCUACGCGAAUGUACUCCACGAUGGUAUUGUGCCGUUGAGAACUGCGGCACUUCUGUACCUCGACUGGAAGGGGCUAGGGGAUGUCCGUGGGGUGAGAAAAGAUGGAGGAAAGGAAGAUACGGGGACGCCAGAAUACUCUAACAAAAAUAACACAACUGGUGAGAUUCCAGAAGAGAAAAUGGACAAGAAAUCUGCGCUGAAAUAUAUGCUACCUCAGGCGGCUUUGAGAAGAGGUUACAAACGUUAUCAGAGAACUCAAACUCGGUACCCGCGAUCCGAUGGCAACAAACAAGACAAUUCGGACGGUGAGGAACACAUAGCUCCACCUCCUACUGCCAACCCGCUUACCUCUGCCGCGAAUAUAGUUAUUGCCCCGUUGCCUACUCAGGAAUAUCUUCGCAAUCCGAAAGACAGAGGAGAUAAAAUCAUUCAUGAUAAACUCUAUUAUCCUGACGAGCUUCCUCCUCCUCAUUAUAGCAACAGGGAUCUGUUUAAAAAGAUCAUCUACCCCAAUGAUCGGAUAUACAGGGUGCAGGAAAGGAUAGCUAGGCAAUGGCAAGAGACUUCUACCUGGAGAAAAGUGUUGGUAAGUUUGGAGCCGGACUCCCACAACAACAUUGUUGUUCGCCGUAAGUUUGUGAAUGCAUUUGGGUGGGUGGUAGUCGAUCAUCUUACGAAGAGCCAUUUUGGCUCUGAGAGUCAUUCGAAGGGUGACAUAGAAAAGAACUAG